AUGAGAGGUAGAGAAAGUAAGGGGAAAGAAGAGGAGCCCGGUUAUCUGUCUUUUGCUGUUCCCAUUGACGACCAUACCGAUAAAUUUGUGCUGGGUGUUGAUAAGAAAAUUAUAAUAAUCCGAUGGAAUAGUUUUGAGAAUAAAUUCCAUCCUGAUUGGGGCCUAUUAGAAACUGUGGACCAAACAAUACCAAGCAAUAUAUUGACGUAUGGAACCGUCGACAACUUAGGCAGACUAAUAUUUGGGACGAUGAACACUGAUGGACUCAAAUUGGCAAAUAUCAGCUCCUUGAAUUUCAAGCUAGAUUUAAAGACACACAUUAGCGGAUUUGCUUGGUGCAAAGGAUUGGUGGUAGACACAUAUUCUCCGCAGUCCAAAUGGUAUUUGGUCAAUUCUGACAGACACUACAACCUCUUAGCUUACAAUUAUCAAAUGAGAAAUGGAAGAAUUGGGAGCAGCCAAGCCGUCUUUGACUGGACACAACAACGAAUGACGGGAUCUCUGCGUCGUCUGACAGUUGAUAGGGAUGGUAAACUCUGGAUAGCUCUUGAUGGAGGUCACGGAAUUAUUCGAGUCGAUGCAAAGGGAAGAAAUAUUAUGAAAUAUGUUGGUAUGCCUGUGCUCAGCGUCGGCGCAUGCACUUUUGGAGGCCCUAAGUCUGAUAUUUUAUUUAUAUCGACAAUUCCAUCUUUUCACGAAAAUCAUAAUGGACAAAAAGAUAAAGGUGGUUCAAUUUUCGCUGUCCUGGGCCUUGGGGUGAGGGGGUUGCCGACAAAAGGAUUCAGGUUGCUUCAAAACAUUAUCGAAAGUAAAUUACCAUAA